CAAAUCAUGAGCACCAAGACCUUCCCAAACCAAUCCCAAUCACCUAUCACAAAUACAAUCAUCAUCAUAACAUAUUUUUUUAUUAGAAUCGGUUUAGAAAUCAAAUUGAAUUCAAAUCCUUCUAGUUUGUUUCAUUCGAUUAUCAAUAGACCUGAAAUCGUUACACCUAUUACUGGUUGGAAAGAAUUACAGGAAGGGGUUUAUCUUUUUAAAAAUGGUUAUGAUCCCUACCAAGGAGACAUUUUUCAUCAAUCUCCUUUAUUACUUUAUUUAUUUUCCAUCGUUUCUAAUCCGAUUUCGAUUUCUUUAGUUUAUGCUUUUAUUGAUUGUUGUUCUGCUUACUUAAGUUUAAGUCUUUUUAGAUUUAAAUCAACGGAUCUUGGAUCUGGUGCAUCUUCUUCUUGGAAAGAUCAUGGUUGGGUUUUGGAUUUGGUACGGAAUGUAAGGGAUUGGCAGUUCUUGAUUUGUUAUUUGUGUUUUCCAUUACAACUUUUCACUAGUUUAUCUAAAUCUACUAUCGUAUUUACGAAUCUAUUCAUUCUAAUCUCUUUAAAAGCUUCACUAAAAAAUCAAUUAGCAUUAUCUAUGUUCUCACUGUCGAUCGCUACUCAUCUAAGUGUUUAUCCGAUUUUACUCUUACCAAGUACGAUAUCCAUCAUCUGUGAAAAAAAACACGGUUUGAACUCAACUUGGUCAACCCAAUCAACAACAAUUUUUCAAUCGAUUUCGAUUUAUGUAUCACAUUUUGGGACUUUGAUUUGGCUUUUCCCAUUUCGAAUUUCCAAAUCUGUUUUCUUAUCACACUUAAAUGUUAAUCAAAACUUAAAUCCAAACUUGGGUUUACAUUGGUAUUUUUCAAUUGAAAUCUUUGAUCAUUUUAGAUUGUUUUUUAAUUUGGUGUUUCAACUUCAUUUAUUGAUUUAUUUGAUACCUUUUUUGAUUAAAUUCAAAAAUGAAAGAGUUUUUGGUUUCGUUUUGAUGAAUGGGAUCGUUUCGAUUUUUAAAUCUUAUCCAUCGAUUGGUGAUGUGACUUUUGCAAAUACACUUUUCCUAUUAACUUAUCCAGAAUUAAUUAGUCAUCUAAGACAUCCGAUCUUAACAAUUACAUUUUAUAUCUAUUCAUUAAGUUUAUUACCUACGUUUUAUUAUCAAUGGAUUCAUUUAGGAUCAGGAAAUGUGAAUUUUUAUUAUGCAUCUACUUUGGUUUGGUCGGUUUCCAAUGGGUUCUUUUGGAUUGAUAAUCUUUCUAGUUUAUUAAAACUUCAAUUCCAGAAAGAUUUGAAAAGACUGAAAGAAUUGGAUGGGAUACGGGAUUGGGUUUUGGAUGAAGAGGUUGAAGCUAUUGUUCAAAGUUAGGUUUUUGGAGUAGAGGGAUGGGGGCUUGGAUUGUGAUACUAGUGGGUUUGGACUUUUUGUGUUUCGGAUGUAGAUAUAUCAUGGGUUUUUUUGCAUUUGGGUUUUCUUUGCGAUUUUAGGGUAGAGCAGUGUAAUGAUUUCGUUGAAAAAAGUUUAAAUAAACUCUUUGAACAAGGUUUCUUGUAGUAAUAUGUUAGAUUCAUUUAUAUGAAACAAAAGGAUCAAGAAUUGCAAAAUGAAAGAUGAAUCAGAUUCAGAAGAUGU